AUGGCUCCAAGGUACAUAGUUGCUGCUUUGAAAGACAAAAAUCCAGAAAACCUCAUCAGUGUUACCCAGGUGUAUAAAGUUGGAGCUACAUACAAUGCAAGGAAGAGAGGUCCAUUUACGAAAAUGAAAAUGUUGUUAAGUCUUAUUCAUAGAGAAAAAUAUAUGUCUUGGACUAGAAAUAAGGAAGACUCAAAUGUUGUUGCUGAUAUCUUUUGGACACAUCCUGGUUCAAUGAAGUUGUUGAAUAUGUUUCAUUUGGUGUUGAUUUUUUAUUGUACAUACAUGCCAAAUAUGUACAAACUACCACUGCUUGAGAUUAUUGGUGUUACGUCAACAAAGUUGACAUUUUCGGUUGACUUUACCUAUUUGGAACAUGAAAAGGAGGAGAACUUCAAAUGGGCACUGGAGAAACUCAAAUAA